AUGGCCGCCAGACAUGGCCGCCAGACGAGGGAGAGGGAGAGUAAACAACAACACAUGAGGUGAAUUAAACUCACUAGACGUGUUGCCAGUUCUCAAAGCCAGGUAUUUAAUAGCUGGCUCUGCCAGCGCUGUCUUUCGCUGCUCACCAGAUUGCCAGAGCUACAUCAGGACCUGCCAGACUCUCCCUAUACAACACCUUAGUUGUGUGUCCAUUCACUGGCUAUAUCCCAUUACAAUGAUGUCACUUACUAUCCUUCCACGGUUUGCACAAUUAAUUAAACCACUGCUGCUACUCGCUGUUUAUUAUCUAUGCGUAGUCACUUUACCCCCUACCUACAUGUACAAAUUACCUCGACUAACCUGUACAUUGACUCCGUACAUUGACUCGUUACCGGUACCCCCUGUAUAUAGCCUCGUUAUUGUUAUUUUAUUGCUUAACUUUUUUUUUUUUUUUACUUUUUUAAACUUUUGUUUAUUUAGUAAAUAUUUUCUUAACUCUAUUUCUUGAACUGCAUUGUUGGUUAAGGUGCUUGUAAGUAAGCAUUUCACCGUAAGGUCCUACACCUGUUGUAUUCGGAGCAUGUGACAAAUAAAAUUGGAUUUGAUUGGAUUUUGAUGACUUGGUAAAGAAAGUUUACCAGAGUGAACAGCCGUGUGUGUUCAUCAGCAUCAUAAUUUCUCUCUUCCUGCUACUCAUCACAACCUUGCUCACACAACACUUCACUGUAUUGGGAAGUGGAGACACAAACACAAUUCAAACUGCAAACAGUAAUCUGACUAAACGCCACCAAUUGGUUUAAAGUAUAAGGGAGCUAUACAAGUUUAAUUGUUCAGCAGUCUUAUGGCUUGGGGGGUAGAAGCUGUUAAGGAGCCUUCAGCAGUCUUAUGGCUUGGGGGUAGAAGCUGUUAAGGAGCCUUUUGGUCCUAGACUUGGCGCUCCGGUAGCAGAGAGAACAGUCUAUGACUUGGGUGACUGGAGUCUUUGACAAUUUUUUGGACCUUCCUCUGACACCGCCUGGUAUAUAGGUCCUGGAUGGCAGGAAGCUUGGCCCCCAGUGAUGUACCGCACUAACCUCUGUAGCACCUAACAGUCAGAUGACGAGCAGUUCCAAUACCAUGCAGUGAUGCAUCCGGUCAGGAUGCUCUCAAUGGUGCAGCUGUAUAACUUUUUGAGGAUCUGGGGACCCCAUGCCAAAUCUUUUCAGUCUCCUGAGGGGGAAAAGGUGUUGUUGUGUCCACACUGCCAGGUCUCUGACCUCCUCCCUAUAGGCUGUCUCAUUGUUGUCGGUGAUCAGGCCUACCACUGUUGUGUCGUCAACAAACGAAAUGAUGGUGUUGGAGUCGUGCUUGGCCACACAGUCAUGGGUGAACAGGGAGUACACAAGGGGACUAAGCAUACACCCCUGAGGGGCCCCCGUGUUGAGGAUCAGCGUGGCAGAUGUGUUGUUGACUACCCUUACCACCUGGGGGCGGCACGUCAGGAAGUCCAGGAUCCAGUUGCAGAGGGAGGUGUUUAGUCCCAGGGUCCUUAGCUUAGUGAUGAGCUUUGUGGGCACUAUGGUGUUGAACGCUGAGCUGUAGUCAAUGAACAGCAUUCUCACGUAGGUGUUCCUUUUAUCCAGGUGGGAAAGGGCAGUGUGGAGUGUGAUUGAGAUUGGAAACAAACAAAACCUAUGCAAAUUCCUCAUUGUGUAAGGGGGAACUCACUGCCUUGUUUUAGUAAACAGCUCAUGUUCUUUUGCCAUUCAGACAGACAAACAGACAGCAGAACUCCAGACAGACAGACAUAUUUGUAAUUAUCUCAAUAUAAUGUGUGAAACAAAACCCCUAGAGAGGUAUUGUCUGGUAUCCAAGGUGGUCCCCAAGUUAUACAGACACCAACAGAGCUGUAUCAACAACAGACAAAGAAACAGAGAGACUGACAUGGCAGACAGACACAUUACACAGAGAAACAGAGAGACUGACAUGGCAGACAGACACAUUACACAGGACCUAAAAGUAGACCUAAUAGUCCAACCUGAUUCAACCAGUGUGUGCCCAGUGGGAUGUGACUGUCCAUAGGAACAUUAUGGAACAGCAUAUGAGUGUAACUUUCGGGUAUAGGCCUAGAGGAAGCAAUGGAAUGCAGUAACCCCGGGGGUAGCCUAUUCAUGGGAUGCAUGUUUCGUCACAAUAGUGUUUAUGAACUUUCGUUUUUUGGACUGAUGCCCGACUGAGCAUUCUACUCAAUGCCUCGUUAAUGAGCGCUGAUGAAGAUUUAAUCAAAAAAAGUGCAUUACAGUGGCUUGAAAAUACAAUGACAUUCAAAAGGAAUGCAAAUAAUCAGUAGGAAAACCUUUUGAUGACUUUCGAUACAGUAUAACGUUAGCUAGGAGAAAUCCUACUGUUUGCAAGCCUUUCCCGUUACAAGACCAGCUCAGCUGGUAGAGCACGGCGCUUGUAACGCCAAGGUAGUGGGUUCGAUCCCCGGGACCACCCAUGCACAAAAAUGUAUGCACGCAUGACUGUAAGUCGCUUUGGAUAAAAGCGUCUGCUAAAUGGCAUAUUAAAUUUUAAAUUAAAAUUAUUAUUAGCUAGCGAAGAUUGAGGGGAGGCCACCGAAUUUUAGCUAGCUGGCCUACACAAUUACCCGACCUCAACCCACUAUUAUCCGACCUCAACCCACUAUUAUCCGACCUCAACCCACUAUUAUCCGACCUCAACCCACUAUUAUCCGACCUCAACCCACUAUUAUCCGACCUCAACCCACUAUUACCCGACCUCAACCCACUAUUAUCCGACCUCAACCCACUAUUAUCCGACCUCAACCCACUAUUAUCCGACCUCAACCCACUAUUAUCCGACCUCAACCCACUAUUACCCGACCUCAACCCACUAUUAUCCGACCUCAACCCACUAUUAUCCGACCUCAACCCACUAUUAUCCGACCUCAACCCACUAUUAUCCGACCUCAACCCACUAUUAUCCCGACCUCAACCCACUAUUAUCCGACCUCAACCCACUAUUAUCCGACCUCAACCCACUAUUAUCCGACCUCAACCCACUAUUAUCCGACCUCAACCCACUAUUAUCCGACCUCAACCCACUAUUAUCCGACCUCAACCCACUAUUAUCCGACCUCAACCCACUAUUAUCCUUCAAUGUAGAAAAUAGUAAAAAAUAAAGAAAAACCCUUCAAUGAGUAGGUGUGUCAAAACUUUUGACUUGUACUGUACAUAAAAACAUUCUCCAUUCAAGCUGCAAAGGCGUCGAUUUCCUCCUUUACUCAAUUUAAUUGCAAGAAAGCAGAAAGAAACGGGGAAAAUAUGCGUACUUUCUUCAUUAAACAUUUUCCAUCCUACAGUGGCUAGUGCUAGUCCCGGAUGAUGCGUAUCGCGUUCAGCCAAUCACGUUGCAGCAGUCUGUUUUUUUUCACCCCUGCAACCUGAUUGGCUGAACACGAUACCCAACAUCCGGGACUAGCAUUAGCAUGGCGGUGGAAAAUUGUGUUUCAUAAAGAAAAUAUGCAUUUUUUUUUUGUCUGCCUUCUCGCCAAUAACUAUGGCUCUGCAUGCAGUAUAAAGGAAGUUAGUGGUAGUUUCGCGAGCCAAUGCUAACUAGCAUUAGCUCAAUGACUGGAAGUCUACCAGCACAGUAGCAAUGCAAAGGAGAGUGAAGUUGCCCCCUAGAUGCUGAUCUUGUGUCAUGUUUGCAUUUUCCCCAUUAAACGUUUUCUUCAAUUAGCAGACGCUCUUAUCCAGAGUGACUUACUGGAGCAAUUAGCAGACGCUCUUUUCCAGAGUGACUUACUGGAGCAAUUAGCAGACGCUCUUUUCCAGAGUGACUUACUGGAGCAAUUAGCAGACGCUCUUAUCCAGAGUGACUUACUGGAGCAAUUAGCAGACGCUCUUAUCCAGAGUGACUUACUGGAGCAAUUAAGGUUAAAUACGUUGCUCAAGGGCACAUUGACAGAUUUGUCACCUAGUCGGCUCGGGGAUUAAAACCAGCAACCUUUUCGGUGACAGGCCCAUGCUCUUCACCGCUCUUAACCGCUAGGCUACAUGUCCCCACUUAUGGUUAAGGUUAGGAUUGGAGGGGGUGGGUUAAGGUUAGGAUUGGAGGGGGUGGGUUAAGGUUAGGAUUGGAGGGGGUGGGUUAAGGUUAGGAUUGGAGGGGGUGGGUUAAGGUUAGGAUUGGAGGGGGUGGGGGGGGGGGCUGAUCCUAGAUCUGUACCUAGGGAAAUCUUCGCCCCGGAGCGGGGGAGGUAAGGGUGGGUGGGAGCUAGACAUGAGCGCUCAGACCAUUCCGUUCAUCCUCCAGCACUCACAGUUGUCUGUGUUUCAGACAGACGGGAGUGGUCUUGUAACGGGAAUGGCUUGCAAACAGUAGGAUUUCUCCUACAACUGGCUAUUGGGAUCUAAAACUAUACCUAAAUAACGGAUUUAUAUGACACACCAUUCCAGGAUUUUGAUUAAUUUUGCUUUGACACAGGUAAGUGCGGUGACGUGCGGAGAACUUUUAAUUGGAUGACAGACGGCUAUAGGGUCAUUAGAAACACAGUGUUUGAAUUUGAAAGUAUAAAUACCAUAUUAUUACAUUUCUGUCAUAUUUCUGAAUGUAGAAGAAUAGCUAAAUCAAACAUGGAAAUAAACAACUUGUUUAAACACCAUGUUACUUGGUGAUUUUAGUGCGUUGGCUAAUUUCAUUUGUGGAAGAAGGUGUUUCAUUACCAUGCACUCAUAGUGUACUUUAAAAAUCUCAGAGGUGAAGUGCUGAUGGGGUUUAGGACAGGGAGCGCCAAGAAUGGUGCAGGAUUAAUUAGACUACUGCACUGUAGUACCCUAUAGACUUUUACGCACAACAUUUCUCUCUGUGCACUGGGAAAGAUUAUAUUUCUAAUGUUGAUUUAAUAUAUAUUUUGUAAUGAUAUGACUCUCAAUUACUUUAUUUACGAACCCUGUUUUCAGAACACUUUGAAUGUCCAUGGAUGUUGAAGUGCAUGUGCCUUUCAUCUUGAAGAGAGUUUGGAGAAAAAAGGUAUGGAGAAUUAGAAUAUUAUCUAAAUUGUUUUAGCAAUUGUGGAUAUAUUGUUAAAAAAACGAUUUCUGCUGAUUCAUCAUUGCUUUGUAUUUGCCAACUUAAAACUAUAUUUCUGCCAUGCACACACCCCCCAAACCCCCCCCCCACACACACACACCAAAUCUCUCUCCCUCCUUUCUAUCUUGUUGUCAAUUCUCCCUCUUUUCUCUCUCUCUCUGUCUCUCUCUCUCUCUCUCCACAUCCCUUAUUUUAAUUCUAUUUCACAUUCUCUUUGACACAGAAUACACUGCAUUCUUUGCACUUAUGUAAUUGGUCCUUCUAUAAACUAAUCAACCAACCCCUGUGUCUCUCCAGCAGGUUGACAUUAAUGAGAGGAGAGGAAGCCGAGCCCAUGCAGUGUGUGACUGAGUGUGAAGCUCUCUCCCUCUCCAGAAUGAGUGUGUGUGCCGACGGCCCCUCAUACCUGCGGCGGUGGCUGCUGACGGCUGUGUUUCUCUUGGCUGCUCUGCUACCAGGAAUCAGCGGAUGCCCCAAAUCGUGCGCGUGCUAUGUUCCCACCGAAGUGCACUGUACCUUCAGAUAUCUGACCGCAAUACCAGGCCAGAUCCAGACGGCUGUGGAAAGAAUUAACUUAGGGUGAGAGUCAGACUCUAGCUCUCUUCGCUCUCUCUCUCAAUUAAAUUAAAAGGGAAACAUAUGUUUACAAUGUCAGAGCAAGUGAAAUAGAUAAUAAACCAAAUUUAAAUAAACAAUAAAAACAAUUAAAAAAUAAACAGUAAACAUUACUCUCAAAAACGUUUUAAAGAAAUAGAAACAUUUAAAAUGUCAUAUUAUGACUAUGUACAGUGUUAUAAUGAUGUACAAAUAGGAAAAUAAAUAAACAUAAAUACAGUGAGGGAAAAAAGUAUUUGAUCCCCUGCUGAUUUUGUACGUUUGCCCACUGACAAAGAAAUGAUCAGUCUAUAAUUUUAAUGGUAGGUUUAUUUGAACAGUGAGAGACAGAAUAACAAUAAAAAAAUCCAGAAAAACGCAUGUCAAAAAUGUUAUAAAUUGAUUUGCAUUUUAAUGAGGGAAAUAAGUAUUUGACCCCUCUGCAAACAUUGACUUAGUACUUGGUGGCAAAACCCUUGUUGGCAAUCACAGAGGUCAGACAUUUCUUGUAGUUGGCCACCAGGUUUGCACACAUCUCAGGAGGGAUUUUGUUCCACUCCUCUUUGCAGAUCUUCUCCAAGUCAUUAAGGUUUCGAGGCUGACGUUUGGCAACUCGAACCUUCAGCUCCCUCCACAGAUUUUCUAUGGGAUUAAGGUCUGGAGACUGGCUAGGCCACUCCAGGACCUUAAUGUGCUUCUUCUUGAGCCACUCCUUUGUUACCUUGGCCGUGUGUUUUGGAUCAUUGUCAUGCUGGAAUACCCAUCUAAGACCCAUUUUCAAUGCCCUGGCUGAGGGAAGGAGGUUCUCACCCAAGAUUUGACGGUACAUGGCCCCGUCCAUCGUCCCUUUGAUGCGGUGAAGUUGUCCUGUCCCCUUAGCAGAAAAACACCCACAAAACAUAAUGUUUCCACCUCCAUGUUUGACGGUGGGGCUGGUGUUCUUGGGGUCAUAGGCAGCAUUCCUCCUCCUCCAAACAUGGCGAGUUGAGUUGAUGCCAAAGAGCUCGAUUUUGGUCUCAUCUGACCACAACACUUUCACCCAGUUCUCCUCUGAAUCAUUCAGAUGAUCAUUGGCAAACUUCAGACGGCUGUGUAUAUGUGCUUUCUUGAGCAGGGGGACCUUGCGGGCGCUGCAGGAUUUCAGUCCUUCACGGCGUAGUGUGUUACCAAUUGUUUUCUUGGUGACUAUGGUCCCAGCUGCCUUGAGAUCAUUGACAAGAUCCUCCCGUAUAGUUCUGGGCUGAUUCCUCACCGUUCUCAUGAUCAUUGCAACUCCACGAGGUGAGAUCUUGCAUGGAGCCCCAGGCCGAGGGAGAUUGACAGUUAUUUUGUGUUUCUUCCAUUUGCGAAUAAUCACACCAACUGUUGUCAUCUUCUCACCAAGCUGCUUGGCCAUGGUCUUGUAGCCCAUUCCAGCCUUGUGUAGGUCUACAAUCUUGUCCCUGACAUCCUUGGAGAGCUCUUUGGUCUUGGCCAUGGUAGAGAGUUUGGAAUCUGAUUGAUUGAUUGUUUCUGUGGACAGGUGUCUUUUAUACAGGUAACAAGCUGAGAUUAGGAGCACUCCCUUUAAGAGUGUGCUCCUAAUCUCAGCUCGUUACCUGUAUAAAAGACACCUGGGAGCCAGAAAUCUUUCUGAUUGAGAGGGGGUCAAAUACUUAUUUCCCUCAUUAAAAUGCAAAUCAAUUUAUAUCAUUUUUGACAUGCGUUUUUCUGGAUUUUUUUGUUGUUACUACUGUGAUUGCACACUGUGGUAUUUCACCCAAUAGAUAAGGGAGUUUAUCAAAAUUGGGUUUGUUUUAAAAUUAUUUGUGGGUCUGUGUAAACUGAGGGAAAUAUGUGUCUCUAAUAUGGUCACGCAUUUGGCAGGAGCAUUUGGUGUUUGUCCCAUUUUGUGUAUUUGUGGUCCUGGCAACUGCAUCUUUUUUGGAACACAAUUAUUUUUGUCUUACUGAGAUUUACUGUCAGGGCCCAGGUCUGACAGAAUCUGUGCAGAAGAUCUAGGUGCUGUUGUAGGCCGUCCUUGGUUGGUGACAGAAGCACCAGAUCAUCAGCAAACAGUAGACAUUUGACUUCAGAUUCUAGUAGGGUGAGGCCGGGUGCUGCAGACUGUUCUAGUGCCCUCGCCAAUUCGUUGAUAUAUAUGUUGAAGAGGGUGGGGCUUAAACUGCAUCCCUGUUUCACCCCACGGCCCUGUGGAAAGAAAUGUGUGUUUUUUGCCAAUUCUAACCACAUACUUGUUGUUUAUAUUGUUGUAUGUUUUUCCCCAAUCACCGCUUUCCAUCAAUUUGUAUAGCAGAUCCUCAUGCCAUAUUAAAUCAAAAGCUUUUUUGAAAUCAACAAAUUAGGGUGUGCAGGGUGAAUACCUGGUACGGUAAUUUGGUAAAAAGCCAAUUUGACAUUUGUUCAGUACAUUGUUUUCAUUGAGGAAAUGAAUUAAAUGUGUUGUUUUUUUGUGUGGGUCUCUCUCUUUUUUCCUCUCCCAGUCUCUGUUUUCUUACCCUCUAUGAAUGCACAUACAGUAUAUUUUAGUUAUAUAUUAGACCGUUGAUGUAGCAUUUUGAGCAAUAAUUAAUUUUUCGCUGCUAGAUGGUUUUCCCCACUUUUCUGUCUUCAGGUAUAACAGUAUAACUGCAUUGAGGGAGAAUGAUCUGUCUGGGCUGGAGCACCUGGAGCUGCUGAUGCUGCACAGCAACACCAUCCACAGCAUCGCUGACAGGGCCUUUCAAGACCUCAAGUCCUUACAGGUAUACCUACAGCACUGUCAUAAACACCUGUUGAUAUACAGGUAACUGCCAAAAAUAAUGGAAACACUUGGGUAAAUGAGGUAUGCAAAGUAUAUUGAAAGCAGGUGCCUUCACACAGGUGUGGUUCCUGAGUUAAUUAAGCAAUUAACGUCCCAUCAUGCUUAGGGUCAUGUAUUGAACGGGUCACCAUUAUUUUGGCAGACCAUUAUUUUGGGCAUUAUUUUGGCAUGCGUACAGUAUAAGAUGACAGGGCACAUGUGAAUGGUUAGCUGAGCCUGAAAACGAUGUACAGUGCCUUCAGAAAGUAUUCAUACCCUUUAAUUAUUCCACAUUCUGUUGUGUUACAGCCUGAAUUCAAAGUUGAUUAAAUAUAUUUUUUUCUCUGACCCAUCUACACACAAUACCCCAUAAUGACAAAGUGAAGCCAUGUUUUUAGAUAUUUUUGCUAAUUUAUUGAAAAUGAAAUACAGAAAUGUAAGUAUUCACACCCCUGAGUCAAUACUUUUAUUAUUAUUAUUAUUAAUACUUUGUAGAAGCACCUUUGGCAGCGAUAUCAGCUCUGACUCUUUCUGGGUAAGUCUCUAAGAGAUUUCCACACCUGGAUUGUGCAACGUUUGCCCGUUAUUCUUUUCAAAAUUCGUCAAAUCUGUCAAACUGUUUGUUGAUCAUUGCUAGACAACCCUUUUAAGGUCUUGCUAUUGAUUUUAAAGUAGAUUGAAGUCAAAACUGUUAUUCGGCAACUCAGGAACAUUCACUGUCUUCUUGGUAAGCAAUUCCAGUGUAGAUUUGGCCUUUUGUUUAAAGUUAUUGUCCUGCUGAAAGGUGAAUUCAUCUCCCAGUGUCUGUUGGAAAGCAGGCUGAAACAGGUUUUCCUCUAGGAUUUUGCCUGUGCUUAUCUCUAUUCCGUCUUUUUUUUUAUCCUGAAAAACUCCCCAGUCCUUAACGGUUACAAGCAUACCCAUAAAAUCGAAUCACAUUUUAUUGGUCGCAUAGACAUAUUUUGCGGGUGUUUAAUGAAAUACACAAAUCAAAAAAAGUAAAAUAUAGAAAUUAAGAAAUAUAGAAAUAUUAGGACGAGCAAUGUCGCAGUCCGGACAAUAAAUAUAUAUAUAUAUAUAUAUAUAUAUAUAUAUAUAUAUAUAUAUAUAUAUAUAUAUAUAUAUAUACUGAACAAAAAUAUAAACGCAACAUGCAACAAUUUAAAAGCUUUACUGAGUAUCAGUUCAUAUAAGGAAAUCAGUCUAUUGAAAUAAAUUCAUUAGGCCCUAAUCUAUGGAUUUCACAUGACUGGGCAGGGGCACAGCCAUGGGUGGGCAUAGGCCCACCCACUUGGCAGCCAGGCCCAGCCAAUCAGAAUUAGGUUUUCCCCACAAAAGGGCUUCAUUACAGAGAGAAAUACUCCUGAGCAGCACCUGUGUAAUGAUCAUGCUGUUUAAUCAGCUUCUUGAUUACGCCACACCUGUCAGGUGGAUGGAUUAUCUUGGCAAAGGAGAAAUGCUCACUAACAGGGAUGUAAACAAAUGUGUGUACAAAAUUUGAGCGAAAUAAGCUUUUUGUGAGUGUGGAACAUUUCUUUGAUUUUUUUGUUUCACCUCAUGAAACACGGGACCAACACUUCACAUGUUGUGUUUAUAUUUGUGUUCAGUGCAUAUAUAUAUAUAUAUAAACUACCAUUCAAAAGUUUGGGGUCACUUAGAAAUGUCCUUGUUUUUGAAAGAAAAGCAUUUUUUUUUGUCCAUUAAAAAUACAGUGUAGAAAUCGUUAAUGUUGUAAAUGGCUAUUGUAGCUGGAAAUGGCUGAUUUUUUUAUGGAGUAUCUACAUAGGCGUACAGAGGCCCAUUAUCAGCAACCAUCAGUCCUGUGUUCCAAUGGCACGUUGUGUUUGCUAAUCCAAGUUUAUCAUUUUAAAAGGCUAAUUGAUCAUUAGAAAACCCUUUUGCAAUUAGGUUAGCACAGCUGAAAACUGUUGUGCUGAUUAAAGAAGCAAUAAAACUGGCCUUCUUGAGACUAGUUGAGUAUCUGGAGCAUCAGUUAUUGUGGGUUCGAUUACAGGCUCAAAAUGGCCAGAAACAAAGAACUCUCUUCUGAAACUCGUCAGUCUAUUCUUGUUCUGAGAAAUGAAGGCUAUUCCAUGCGAGAAAUUGCCAAGAAACUGAAGAUCUCGUACAAUGCUGUGUACUACUCCCUUCACAGAACAGCGCAAACUGGCUCUAACUAGAAUAGAAAGAGGAGUGGGAGCCCCCGUUUUGAUGUCUUCACUAUUAAAAAAUCAAGAAAAACCCUUGAAUGAGUAGGUGUUCUAAAACUUUUGACCGUUAGUGUAUAUGAUGGGAUAUAUAGACAUGAUGGACAGUAUGUGGAUAGAAUAUGUUGUAUAUCUGUAGAAUACAUAGGGUAGAAUAGUAUAUGUACAGUAGUAGUUGAAUAGGAUGGACUUGACUAGAAUACAGUAUAUACAUAUGGAAUGAGUAAAACAGGAUGUACACAUUAUUAAAGUGACCAGUUAUUCCAUGUCUGUGUACACAGGGCAGCAGCCUCUAAGGUGCAGGGUUGAGUAACCGGGUGGUAGCCGGCUAGUGAUAGUGAUUAAGUUCAGGGCAGGGUACUGGGCGGAGGCCGGCUAGUGAUGGCUAUUUAACAGUCUGAUGGCCUGGGGAUAGAAGUUGUUUUUCAGUCUGUUCGGUCCCAGCUUUGAUGCACCUGUACUGACCUCGCCUUCUGUAUGGUUGCGGAGUGAACAGGCCGUGGCUCACAUGUCUGAGGUCCUUGAUGAUCCUUCCUGUGACACCGGGUGCUGUAGAUGUCCUGGAGGGCAGACAUUGUGUCCCUGAUCAUGCGUUGGGCUGACCGCACCACCCUCUGGAGAGCCCUGCGGUUGCGGAUGGUGCAGUUGCCAUACCAGGCGGUGAUACAGCCCGACAGGAUGCUCUCAAUGGUGCAUCUUUAAAAGUUUGUGAGGGUCUUAGGGGCCAAGCCAAAUUUCUUCAGCCUUCUGAGGUUGUCUGUGUGGGUGGACAAUUUCAGAUUGUCAGUGAUGUGUACACCGAGGAACUUGAAGCUUUUCACCUUCUCCACUGCGACCCUGUUGCUGUGGAUAGGGGUGUGCUCCCUCUGCUGUCUCCAGAAGUCCACGAUCAGCUCCUUCGUUUUGUUGACGUUGAGGGAGAGGUUAUCUUCCUGGCACCACUCCGCCAGGGCUCUCACCUCCUCCCUGUAGGCUGUCUCGUCAUUGUUGGUAAUCAGGCCUACUACUGUUGUUUCAUCUGCAAACUAGAUGAUUGAGUUGGAGACGUGCGUGGCUACAAAGUCAUGAGUGAACAGGGAGUGCAGGAGGGGGCUAAGCACGCAACCUUGUGGGGCCCCUGUGUUGAGGAUCAGCGAAGUGGAGAUGUUGUUGCCUAACUUCACCACCUGGGAGCGGCCCGUCAGGAAGUCUAGGACGCUGUUGUUGUAUUGGAUUUUCCCCAAACCUAACGCUUUGUGUUCAGGACAAAAAGUUAAUUGCUUUGCCACAUUUUUUGCAGUAUUACUUUAGUGUCUUGUUACAAACAGGCUGCAUGUUUUGGAAUAUUUUGAUUCUGUACAGGCUUCCUUCUUUUCACUCUGUUAAUUAGGUGAGUACUGUGGAGUAACUACAAUGUUGUUGAUCCAUCCUCAGUUUUCUCCUAUCACAGCCAUUAAACUCUGCAACUGUUUUAAAGUCACCACUGGCCUCAUGGUGAAAUCCCUGAGCGGUUUAUUUUCUCUACGGCAACUAAGUUAGGAAGGAGGCCUGUAUCUUUGUAGUAACUGGGUGUAUUGAUACAUAUUGUGUGUAGGUCAGUGGCAUUCUUUUUUUUUUUUCAUGCCAUAACACAACAAAAUGUGGAAAAAGUAAAGGGGUGUGAAUACUUUCUGAAGGCACUGUAUACCAUAUGCCAAGGCCGUCACAGUCGCCAGAUCUCAACCCAAUUUAAAACACUUAUGGGAGAUUCUGGAGCGUCGCCUGAGACGGCGUUUUCCACCACCAUCAACAAAACAUCAAAUGAUGGAAUUUCUCAUGGAAGAAUGGUGUCGUAUCCCUCCAAUAGAGUUCCAGACACUUGUAGAAUCAAUGCCAAGGUGUUCUGUUCUGGCUGGUGUGGCCCAACGCCCUAUUAAGACACUUUAUGUUGGUGUUUCCUUUAUAUACCACUUAGCAAACACUUUUAUCCAAAGCGACUUACAGUCAUGCCUUCAUUACAUAUCGGUGGUCCCGGGAAUCAAACCCACUACCCUGGCAUUGCAAGCGCCAUGCUCUACCAACUGAGCUACAAAGGAUAUUUUGUGUGUGUACAUUAGGUCAUUAGUUAGUUGACUCAUUUGAUUCACAUUUACUCAUAUCCAUCUACCAAUGUCAAUAGACUUCUGUUGGACUGAGUUUGUUAAAUGUAUAACCUACUCCAUUCAUAACCUCAUAUCAUUCUUUGACAGAGCAGGCUUUUUCCCAAGCUAGUGGAGCCAAAGAACCAAGCAUGCUAAGACAUUAACAAAUACAAGUUCUUCCUUACAGUAACAUCUUUCAAACAGCAACGGAAAGUGUAAUUCAUCUUGGGAAAAAUAAACAGUCUUCGUCCAUGGUGUUAUUAUUUUAUUCCAGAAACGUUUGUAGGCCCUGAGGGUUAAGUGAGGGAGGGGUUUAUAAAAGGCCUUGGAACUUUACAACUGCUUUGAUUUACUCUUAUUUAAAACCUUUCACAACAGCUGACUUCUGGAAGUGCUCCCAGGCAGAAUAACCUCACAUUACCUCUGGCCCGGAUGAUUUUAAGUUAGCCGUGGCAUCACACUCUUGCUCCAGUGCUCCAGGGGUCUCUGUGUGCAACUAUAAUAAUGUGUUUUUUAAUGACGUGCCUUCAGGUCCUGAAGAUGAGCUACAACAGAGUGAAGGAGAUCAACAGGGACACCUUCCAAGGCCUGGAGGGCCUGGUGCGACUCCACGUUGACCACAACCGCAUCGAGUUCAUCAACCCGGAGGCGUUCUACGGUCUGACCGCGUUACAGCUGGUCCAUCUGGAGGGCAACCUGCUCCAGCAGCUCCACCCGGACACCUUUAUCACGCUGAGGCACAGCCAGGUGUUCAAGGUGUCCUCUGUCAGGAUCAUCCACCUGUCUGACAACCUCCUCACCAGCCUCCCCAAAGACGUCUUUACUGGUUGCUCCCAGCUGGAGAACAUCUAUCUCCAUGGCAACCCAUGGUCCUGCGACUGUCGCAUGGAUUGGUUCCCAGAGUGGGCUGGGAUAAAUACAGGUAAGGCUACAUUAGAUUUCUGUCUGCAACCUUCUGAAUAUUUGAUUUAACUGAGUACGCCCUGUUGGCAGUUACUGUGCAUAAAAUGGAUCAUAAGGGAAUGGUUGGAUUAACCCAGGCAAGAUCUGGUGGAAUCUCUACAUGCAUGAAUUUAUAGCAUGGAACAGAGUGAAAAAUGUGUUUCUUCAGUAAAUUUAUGUUGUGUGGGACAGCCUCCAACAGGAAAACCAUGCUUGUCCAAAGAAGAAGGAUAAAUCUUUAUUGGAUACAGAUUGCUGGAAAUACAGCUUUAAAAAAAUCUCAGCAUGACAUGAAGUGGUACUGAAAAAGACUAAAAGACAGGAACUAAGCCUCUAUUGUUUUAUCAAAAAUGUACAUAAGCAAAUGUAAAUAGAUCUAAAUCUAAAUUCAGAUACUCAUUGAUAAUUUCUGAAUAACUACUUUGUGAUUUAGAGCAGUAUCAUAAACAACAUGUGAAAUAGGGAACCAACCCCUAUUAAAUCAUGACAUAAAAACGAAAUAUCAAUUCAGUAAUUACCUUGUUUUACAGGUGUGCUGAAAUGCAAGCGAGACAGGAAGUAUGCCAGAGGUCAGGCCUGCCCCGUCUGUGAGACCCCCUCUCCCACUCGAGGCAGGAGCCUCACCCAGCUUCCCCGUGACGCCUUCACCUGUACCAAGCCCUGGAUCCACCCCCAUCUGAAGCAGAGGAACGUCAGCCUGGACGAGGGGGAUUACACCCCCGUCUCCCCCCGGGACUUCAUCGCCCCCAUCGGAUCCCUGCAGAUGAACCUGACAGAUCAGUUUCACAAUGACGCUAGCCUUACCUGCACGGUCCAGAGACCGUCAGCCAUGGAGAACCUGACUCUAACCCAGGUGGAGGAGGGGGAGAAUAACGUCACCAUGCUCUCCGUCACCGUCUCCACAUGGCUGGUCUGUAAUAUUGACUAUGACCACAUCCAGCAGCUCUGGCGCAUCCUGGCUACGUACAGCGACGUGCCCAUGAGGAUGGAGAGAGGGCUGAUGCUCUCCAGGACCCCAGACAUGAUCUACAAGUACAGCCAGAUCAGACCAAAGGAGGGAAAAAAUGAAAUCCACACAGACGUCGAGGCUGAGAUUAAGGCUUCACCCGCGUGGUUGAUGCAGGGAGAGGUCAACUUUCAGCUGGACCGCACCACGACCACAUUCUCCACCCUGCACAUUAAGUACAGGUCAGAGGUCAACCUGCGUGUUGAGAACAAAGGUGUCGCAGAGGAGGGACCGUUACAGCUGGACCAUCAUCAAACGAGACAACCAGACCCAGACUGAGCACGCUGUCCUCAUAGGUGGGUGUUGGGCAGAGAUACAGCCCCCACCGAUACGAUGCUUUUUUGAUGCCUGUUGAAAAGGACUAAAUCAAAGCCAUGCAUGGUUAAUAUGUACACUGUAUCUUGUUCAAGACUGAGCACUCUGUCCUCAUAGGUGGGUCCUACAGUACACAAUGUGUAGUGGAUGGGCAUAGAUGUGUCCAUAUAAUGUAUGUAACAUACUUUCAGAGCUACAAAAUAGCAGUGUGCGUCAUAAAAGCAAUUUAUUAAUGUGAUUCUUGUUGUAAUUAAAGGUGGGGUGGUGGAGCUCAACUGCCAGACCUUUGGGGUGCCAAAGCCCUCUGUAGAGUGGAUCUUAUCGGACGGCAGUAAGGUGCGGGCGCCCUACUCCAGCGAGGACCGCAGGAUAGUGAUCACCGCUGAUGGGAGGCUCACCCUGAGAGGGACAGACACCUCAGACGCUGGGCUCUACCGCUGCAUCGCCACUAACUACCUGGACGCAGACGUGCUCAGCUUCCGGGUCACGGUGCUGUCUCCCGACGUGGAGGAGGAGGAGGUCAACGGGGUCAAGCUCUCACGGCCUCUGGGCCAGAGCCUGGUUUUAGACUGUGGGUCAACAGGCAGCCCUGAUGCCUCGGUCCAGUGGAUUCUACCUGACCACACAGUUCUUGAUAAAUCCUAUGGCAACAGGAAGCUCUAUAGGAAUGGGACUCUAGGAAUAAAAGAUCUGACCUCCAGAGACAAGGGGUUUUACAGGUGUCUCAGUGCUAACCACCUGGGGGUGGACCUGCUGACUUCCCAGGUGACUGUCACUGGGGAGGGGUACAGGAAAGAGAUGGUGAUGGAUAGAGAGGGGUCAGGGGUGGAGGCUGGGGUUGAGGUUGACGGGGGCAUAGAGGAGGGGGAGGAUUCCCACGGUGAGAUCCCUUCCUUUAGCCCCUCCGACAGAACCAUCAAGGAGUCAAGGACCAUCACAUCAGACAGGCCGUACCCCAGACUCAGGUCCUCCUCUCAGGGCAGGGGAUCAGGGGGCUCAGGGGGGAGGCGGAGGGGCCCAGCCAGCAGUAGGCGCAUAUGGAGCAACAGGAGGGUCUUUGAUCAAGCCUCCAGGAAAGUAGACCCCCUGAGAUUUGCAGAGUUCAUGAAGAAGGCUCAAGGUGGUUCAACAACAAAGACAGAGAGGGAGAAAGAAAAAGGAGAUUCAGAGCCUGACAUGUCUGGGGACGGGGAUGCUGCUUCUGGGGAGGGGCUGUCUCAUGAAGACAGAAUCGUUGUUUUACCAAGCAGCGUCAUGCCAACCCCAGAUACUCCAGAUGAAAGUAAGAUGAGUGUAACUGCAAGCAUAGAGAACGUAAACAAUCAGAAUAAUGUCAUGGCAACCGCCGCGAACAGUGAAACAAGUUUCACGACAACCAUGGAUAUCCCAGAUGACAGUCGGACUAGUUUCACUGUAACAACAGAAAACACUGACAGAGGCACGACAGAGUCAUACACCCGGUCAGACGCCACACCCAUCGAGUCCACAUUCACCCACGGCCCCGACAUCACAGGAAGAAUCAGUGAAACUCAGAGUGAGACAGUCACACCAUACAUCCCCAGUGUCAGUAGGUCUAGUGGGUCUAGUGGUGAGUUGUACGAUCUGGAGAGGAACACGACAGUACAUCUGAGGCAACCCCUCACCCUCCGCCUCACAGUGACCGACACCACAGACGAGACCCGGAUCCUGUUCUCCGGAGAAGCACCUGCAGAACCGGAGACCUCCACCGGGGCGGUGCAAUCGCUCCUCACCGACCCCAACGUCACCCCCAUGAUGGACAGUCCCAGAUCACCCCCCAGAGAGCCUGAGAUCCACACAGCCACUGACCCAGACAGCCAGACCACCUUCACUGCGGUCACCACCACCGAGAGAGAGCAGGAUGAGAUCACUUUCCACACCACCCAGAGGAUCAAGUCCCCCCGUCUGCCUGCAGGCUCCACCAUCAUCUCCCGCCAGCAGAUCCACAUCAUCCCCCCUAAGAAUGGCCGAGGAGGAGGUGGAAGAGGGGGCCGGAGGAGGAACUACCCUGGCAGGAGGAGGUUCAUCAAGCCCAACCGGAUCACAGACAUCCAGUCCAUCCUGAACAAACUCAAACAGCCCACCACGGUGAAGAAGCGAGGCAACAACACAGUAUCCUACACUAUGGAGCUGACCACAGGUACGUUAUGUCAUGCUAACUGUAAGUCGCUCUGGAUAAGAGCGUCUGCUAAAUGACUAAAAUGUAAAUGUAAAUGUAUGUUGUUGAAAUAUGAUAUGUAGUUUCUACACUAUGGAGCUGACCACAGGCACGUUAUCCCAAGCAAUAUUUUUUUUUUCAUAUAAGGAAAUCAGUUAAUUGAAAUAAAGAAAUUAGGCCCUAAUCUAUGGAUUUCACAUGACUGGGCAGGGGCGCAGCCAUGGGGGAGCCAGCCCCAGCCAAUAAGAAUGAGUUUUUCCACACAAAAGGGCUUUAUUAUAGUCAGAAAUACUCCUCCUCAGUUUCAUCAGCUGUCCAGGUGGCUGGUCCCAGACGAAGAUGAAGAAGCUGGAUGUGGAGGUCCUGGGCUGGCGUGGUUACACGUGGUCUGCAGUUGUGAGGCCGGUUGGACGUACUGCCAAAUUCUCUAAAAUGUCGUUGGAGGCGCCUUAUGGUAGAGACAUUACAUUUACAUUUACAUUUUAGUCAUUUAGCAGACGCUCUUAUCCAGAGCGACUUACAGGAGCAAUUAGGGUAAAGUGCCUGGCUCAAGGGCACAUUUACGUCAUUUAGCAGACGCUCUUAUCCAGAGCGACUCACCAAUUGGUGCGUUCACCCUAUAGCCAGUGGGAUAGCCACUUUACAAUUUUUUUUUGGGGGGGGGGGGGGGGGGCGGGGGGGGGGGGGUAGAAGGAUUACUUAUCCUAUCCCAGGUAUUCCUUAAAGAGGUGGGGUUUCAAAUGUCUCCGGAAGGUGGUGAGUGACUCCGCUGUCCUGGCGUCGUGAGGAGGCUUGUUCCACCAUUGGGGUUGCCAGAGCAGCGAACAGUUUUGACUGGGCUGAGCGGGAACUAUGCUUCCGCAGAGGAAGGGGAGCCAGCAGGCCAGAGGUGGAUGAACGCAAUGCCCUCGUUUGGGUGUAGGGACUGAUCAGAGCCCGAAGGUACAGAGGUGCCGUUCCCCUCACUGCUCCAUAGGCAAGCACCAUGGUCUUGUAGCGGAUGCGAGCUUCAACUGGAAGCCAGUGGAGUGUGCGGAGGAGGGGGGUGACGUGAGAGAACUUGGGAAGGUUGACAUUAACAUUCAAUUAUCUGGCAACAGCUCUGGUGGACAUUCCUGCGGUCAGCAUACCAUUUGCACACUCCUUCAAAACUUGUGACAUCUGUGGCAUUGUGUUGUGACAAAACUGCACAUUUUAGAGUGGCCUUUUACUGUCCCCAGCACAAGGUGAACCUGUGUAAUGAUCAUGCUGUUUAAUCAGCUUCUUAAUAUGCCACACCUGUCAGGUGGAUGGACAAAUGUGUGCACAUUUGAGAGAAAUAAGCAUUUUGUGCGUAUGGAACAUUUCUGGGAUCCUUUCUUUCAGCUCAUGAAACAUGGGACCAACAUUUUGCAUGUUGUGUAUAUAUUUUUGUUCAGUAUACUAUCGUCACACUUCAAUACACUUAUUAAAAGUGUACUUUAAAUUCAAAUGCUUUAAUUUUAAUUUAGUAUAUUCACUUAAAAUACACUUGGAGUAUUUUGAUUUUUUUAAAUAAAACUGCUUGUGAGUGAUCAAGUACACUGUAAGUAUACUUGCAAAAAUAUGAAUACUCCUCGUAUUUCUUCACAUUUUGUUGUGUUACAAAGCGAGAUUACAAUUGAUUUAAUUGUAAUGUGUUCCCAACAAUGAACUCAAAAUACUCUGUAAUGUCAAAGUAAAAAAUAAAUAGUAAGAUGAAUAAAAAUGAGAUAACUAAAAUAUAGUAAUUGCAUAAUUAAUUAAUUAAUUAAUUAAUUAAUUAAUUAAUUAAUUAAUUGCAUAUACUAAAUGUAGUAUUCAGCCCCUUUGUUUAGGCAUAAAUUAGUUCAGGGGUAAAAUGUGGCUUAACAAAUUACACAUGGACUCACUCUGUGUUAAAUAAUAGGGGUUGACAGGGUUUUUUAAUUACUAACCUUUCUUCAUAAAGAAGGGCAGUGAUUGGUAGAUGGGUAACAAUAUCAAAUCAGACAUUGAAUAUCUCUUUACGCAUGGUCAAGUUAAUAAUGAUGCUGUGGAUUAUGUAUUAAAACCACCCAGACACAUCAAAGAUAUACAGUCGUCCUCCCGAACUGAGCUGCAGGACGGGAAUUAAACUGCUCGGGGAAUGUUACAGUGAGGCCAUUGGUGAUUUUAAAAUGGCUACAGAGUUCAAUGGCUGUGAUGGGAGAAAACUGAGGAUGAAUCGACAACGCUGUAGUGAUAAUAAUAUUAAUAAUAAUAAUAAUAAAAUACUGACAUGAAAAGAAGAAUAAAAAUAUACAGAGUAAAAAUAUAUUAUUUUUAUUUAUGCCGCAUCCUGUUUGCAACAAGGCACUAAAGUAAUACUGCAAAGGAAUACACUUUUUUGCCAAAAUGCAAAGCCUUACGUCUGAGGCAAAUCCAACACAACAUGUCACUGAGUUAACUGCCUCCCUAUUUUCAAGCAUGGUGGUGGCUGCAUCAUGGUAUGGGUAUGGUUGACAUCGGCAAAUACUGGGGAGUUUUUCAGGAUGAAAAGAAACAGGAUGGAGCUAAGCACGGGCAAAAUACUAGAGGAAAACCUGCUUCAGUAUGCUUUACAACAGACACCGGGAGAGGAAUUCACCUUUUAGCAGGACAAUAACCUAACACACAAGGACUUGAAGAAGACAGUAAAUGUUCCUGAGUGGCCAAGUUACAGUUUUGACUUAAAUUUGCUUGAAAAUCUAUGACAAGACUUGAACAUUGCUGUGUAGCCAUGAUCCCUAACAUCUUGACAGAUCUUGAAGGAUUGAGAACAGAAUAAGGGGUUCAUAUUGUAUAAUCCAGGUGCGUAAAGCUCUCAUAGAGUUACCCAAGAAGACUCACCUCUGUAAUUGCUGCCAAAGGUGUUUCUAUGUAUGGACUCAGGAGCUGAAUACUUAUGCAACAACUAUAUCUGAGUUAUUUAAUGUCUAUCAAUCUUGACAAAAUGUAAAAUAAAAUAUUUGUGUAGAUUGUUGAAAAUUUUUUUACAAUUAAAUCAAUUUUAAUCCCACUUUGCAACAAUAACAUUUUAAGAAAUCCAAGGGGUAUGAAAACUUUUGCAAGGCACUGUAGUUUUAGUGGCAAUAAUGAGUUUUGAAGUACAGUGCCUUGCAAAAGUAUUCAACCCCCUUGGCGUUUUUCCUAUUUUGUUGCAUUACAUUGGAGUAUCUGUCCAUAGGACCACUUUAAGCCAUACACUCCACAGAGCUGGGAUUUACGGAAGAGUGGCCAGAAAAAAGCCAUUGCUUAAAGAAAAAAAUAAGCAAACACGUUUGGUGUUCGCCAAAAGGCAUGUGGGAGACUCCGCAAACAUAUGGAAGAAGGUACUCUGGUCAGAUGAGACUAAAAUUGAGCUUUUUGGCCAUCAAGGAAAACGCUAUGUCUGGCGUUAAACCCAACACAUCUCAUCACCCCGAGAACACCAUCCCCACAGUGAAGCAUGGUGGUGGCAGCAUCAUGCUGUGGGGAUGUUUUUCAUCGGCAGGGACUGGGAAACUGGUCAGAAUUGAAGGAAUGAUGGAUGGCGCGAAAUACAGGGAAAUUCUUGAGGGAAACCUGUUUCAGUCUUCCAGAGAUUUGAGACUGGGAUGGAGGUUCACCUUCCAGCAGGACAAUGACCCUAAGCAUACUGCUAAAGCAACACUCAAGUGGUUUAAGGGGAAACAUUUAAAUGUCUUGGAAUGGCCUAGUCAAAGCCCAGACUUCAAUCCAAUUGAGAAUCUGUGGUAUGACUUAAAGAUUGCAGUACACCAGCGGAACCCAUCCAACUUGAAGGAGCUGGAGCAGUUUUGCCUUGAAGAAUGGGCAACAAUCACAGUGGCUAGAUGUGCCAAGCUUAUAGAGACAUACCCCAAGAGACUUGCAGCUGUAAUUGCUGCAAAAUGGUGGCUCUACAAAGUAUUGACUUUGGGGGGUUGAAUGGUUAUGCACGCUCAAGUUUUCAGUUUUUUUGUCUUAUUUCUUGUUUGUUUCACAAUUAAAAAUAUUUUGCAUCUUCAAAGUGGUAGGCAUGUUGUGUAAAUCAAAUUAUACAAACCUCCCAAAAAUCAAUUUUAAUUCCAGGUUUUAAGGCAACAAAAUAGGAAAAAUGCCAAGGGGGGUGAAUACUUUCGCAAGCCACUGUAUUUUAUUAUUAAUUUUUUGUCAUUUAGCAGACGCUCUUAUCCAGAGCGACUUACAGGAGCAAUUAGGGUUAAGUGCCUUGCUCAAGGGCACACCGACAGAUUUUUCACCUAGUCGGCUCAGGGAUUAGAACCAGCGACCUUUCGGUUACUGGCACAACACUCUUAAGCACUAAGCUACCUGCCGCUGUACUUUGCUUAAUUCUUGUUCAGAAGAGUGCAGAGAAAGUUGACAACGAUAACGAUUCUUUAUUCCACAUAAGGUAGCAUGCACAGCUGAGGAACAUGCUUCCUGAGAGUAUACUUUUUCAUAUCUCAAGUAAAUAUACUUAUGUAUACUUUCAAAAAAGUAUAUUUAAAAUAAAUGUCCACAAAAUAUAUUAAAGUAUACUUUCAAAAUUGCAUUUCCUAAUGUUUUGCAUAUUACCCAGCAUCCUUUUCUGCAGCUGAAGUUUUUAUGUAUAAUAUGAUAUUGUUCCUCAUAUUAACUUAUUCAAAUGUUUUCAUGUUCAUUUUCAAACUGAAAAAUGUUGUACUUUUAAUUACACAUUACAUAUGACACAUUACACAUUUUAAUGAAAUGUUAAUUUAUCACCAUGUGAACAACUAAAGUGUGAAAUGCCAGUUAUCAAAAGUGUAACUUGUGAUUUGCUGCUCCAGCCACAACUCCUUUGUAAAUAGCAUUGGCUGAGAAGAUGCCUUGGUAAAUGAAGGUCAUCUUUACAUGGCUAAUUACAAUAGCUAAUGUGGUUAAUGAGUAGAAGUGUAUUUGUAAAAUUAUACUUGAAACAUGUUAUAAAAGCACUUUCUUUGUAAAGACAUUCAAUACAAUUUUAGUACAUUUCUAAUUUAUGAGAAAUAUACAUACAAUGUACUUAAGGUGUAUUUGUUUCGCUCUUUAUCCAAUAUACUAAGAAAAAAGUGUCCCAAUUUAGGUAAUUUUAAAUAUAUAUAUAUUUUUUUACAUUUAGCAGACACUCUUAUCCAGAGCGACUUACAGGAGCAAUUAGGGUUAAGUGCCUUGCUCAAGGGCACAUCGACAGAUUUUUCACCUAGUCGGCUCAGGGAUUAGAACGAGCAACCUUUCGGUUACUGGCACUACGCUCUUAACCACUAAGCUACCUGCCGCCCUUAUAAACUUAAUAAACUUAAAUGCUAAUAAAAUACAAAUACAAUUGACAUUAAAUGUAUUUAAAAUUGUUCCAAUUUAGAUAAUUUAAAUAUACUUAAAUAUACUUAUACUUGUCAUGUUGUUGAAAUAUGUCAUGUAGUUUCUUGUCUUUGAUGUUGACAUUAUCUUUGUUAGUGUGAGUCUUGAGCUAUGAGGAAUAGCCAAAAGAUGAUGAUGAUAAUGAUGAUGAUAACGAUGAUGAUGAUGAGGAUUAUGAUGAUGAUAAUGAUGAUGAUAACGAUGAUGACGAUGAUGAUGAUGAUAACGAUGAUUAUGAUGAUGAUGAUGAUAAUGAUGAUGAUGAUGAUAACGAUGAUGAUGAUGAUGAUGAUGAUAACGACGAUGAUGAUGAUGAUGAUGAUGAUGAUGAUGAUGAUGACGAUGAUGAUGAUGAUGAUGAUGAUGAUGAUAGCAAUACUGAUGAUGAUGAUAACGAUGAUGAUGAUAGCAAUAAUGAUGAUGAUGAUGAUGAUGAUGAUGAUGAUAGCAAUAUUGAUGAUGAUGAUCAUUGUUAUUGUUGUUGCUAUUUCAGACUGUGACUGUGAUGAAGAUGGGAAGAAGAAGACAGGUGGUCAGCGGGUCGUCACACCAACAACAUCGCCUAAAUCACCCAAAGUCCCUAGCUCCUCUCUAGGAAGAACAGAGAGGCCCAUCUCUACAACACUGGACACUCCCACCACCACAUACUCAACAGAGGCCCCCACCACCACCACCCAGCCCACCCUCACUCACUCUCAGUCCAGAGGUGAGGUAUCCAGCGGCUACAUGACCUCCGCUGACGCCCCAGAGUCUGACCCAACACAUGACCCUAUGACGAGCACAACAGAUGAACCAACAACCUCCACCACCAUCACAACCACAACCGCCUCCAAGGUCGUCCAUGCUAAGAUAAACUGGGGCAGGGUGUUUGGGAACAAGGCGAGGCAGAAGGACAAACUCAACAGGUUACGUAAGCCAGCCUGGCCCACCACCACCACCACCACAGAGGGCUCAACAACAGUCCAACCCACAACUACAACCACAACCGCACUGCCCACCCAGCGGUCUCUGGCUGAACCUGUGACCGAGUCACCGUCUAGAGCAGGUAAACACAGAGAGACCCCAGAGGGCUCAUCAGACGAUGACUAUGGGGAUUCAUGGCCUGACUCUGAGGCCUCGACCACACCUCAGCCUGCCACUAGCCGUGGAACUACAGCCCCAGCCUAUGACUACAGGUCCUCCACCACCACAGAGUCUUCCCCUGACACCCAGACCAUCGCCUCCCCACCCACAGAAAAACCUGCCCCAAGAGAAGACACAGUUGAGGCCUCGUCCUCUGGGUCUGAAUCCGGAGGGUCAGGGGGGUACCUAUCCCGUAGAUUUUGGGGAAACCGGAGACCGAAUGGAGGGUCAGGGGGCAGGAGGCCUUUCAGGGGCAGGAGGCCUUUCAGAAAAACCACAACAACUACCGAAGCCCCCAGCACCACCAUAGAAACAACAGAGACCACCAUGGAAACCACCAUGGAGACCACCAUGGAAACCACCAUGGAGACCACCAUGGAGACUACCAUGGAGACCACCAUGGAGACUACCAUGGAGACUACCAUGGAGACCACCAUGGAGACCACCAUGGAGACCACCAUGGAGACCACCAUGGAGACCACCACAUAUCCCACACGGACCGUCUCCGUCUCCAAGCCCCUGUACACACCCUCCAGAGCAUCAGAAAGGUCUGCAGUGACUGUGUCCACUGACAUUACCUUCGAGGGAGAAACCACAACAGACUCCGACUCAUACGACGACGAGAACUGGACAGAUGAGAUGGAGUCCACCACUAACCGUCCACGAGCCUACACUUCCACCACCAGGCCUAGAAUGACCUCUACCACACCUUAUCCAACCACCACCUCAAGGCCUUACACUGCAUCAUCAACCCGCGCCCAGACUAACACCGACUCCAUCAGAAUGAACACUAGCAUCAGGCUCCCGUCAGGGAGAGAUAACCGUUACCAGAUCCCACAGAGACCCAUGAUCAGGAGAACCAGGCCCACGGUGUCCAGCAACAAGGCCAGACCAAGCCCAGACAAGACCCUGACCUUUGACACAUUGACUGUUCUGGAAGCAGAGCAGGAGCACACCAAUAACCCCUACAGCAGCAAGGACAUAGACAAUGCCAUCUCCAACGCCUAUACCCACAUCACCGGCUAUGAUACGACAACCGCUAACAUUGUGGGCUUUGAGCCGUCUACCAAGGACAUGCCCACCAAACCCAGGAUCGUGGGAGGCAACGCGGCCAGCUUCACUGUCCUGUCCAACUCAGAUGCCUUCCUGCCCUGUGAGGCCGCGGGCAGCCCUGAACCCACCAUCAGCUGGAAACGCUUCUCUUCAAGCACGGGUAUGGAAAAUAAAAGGGUAUAGAUACUUAGCAUGUUAUAAAACUACUUUGGAAUGGAAGGUUAUAAUGGUAUGGGUUAAUGGACAGGAGGGAGAGAGAGAUUCUUCUCUCGCAAAGGAGAGAGACAUGGGGAGAAAAAAACAACACAAUAAAACAAAGAAAAAAAAUAAUGAGAGAAGGAGAGGAAGAGAGAGAGAGAGAGGAAAAAGAGAGGAAAGGGGAGGAGAGGCGGGCGUGCGGGAGGGCGGAAGGGAGGGAGGGAGGAGGGAGGAGGGAGUGAGGGAGGGAGGCGGGAGGGAGGGGGAGGGAGGGGGGGGGGGGAGGCGAGGAGGGCGGAGCGAGCUAGGCUGCAGUAGAGCUAGCGACGACGAGAGCAUAGUAGCUCAUGCUCUUAUCGCUCUCCUCUCUCUCUCUCUCUCUCUCUCUCUCUCCUUUCCCCCCCAUCUCUCACCAUAUCCCCCCCCAUCCAUCGCUCACCUCCCUCCCUCCCUCCCCCCUGUUCCUACCUUCCUUUCAGGAAGCACAUUGACCAUCAAGGGCAAGAUGGGCAAGUUUGAGGUGUUCCAGAACGGCACUCUGUCCAUCCAGAACGCCAACAUCAAAGACCGUGGCCAGUACCUCUGCCUGGCCGAGAACGACCAGGGGUCAGACAAGCUCCUGGUCACCCUGUCCGUGGUGGCCUACCCCUCACGCAUCCUGGAGCCCAAGGUACGGGAGAUCAAGUCCCACUCAGGGAAGACUGUGGAGAUGAAGUGCAAGGCGGAGGGCCGCCCCACCCCUCUGGUCUCCUGGAUCCUGGCCAACCGCACCCAAGUCAGGGGCCACAAUUCGGACCCCAGAGUGUCAGUGACCCCAGAGGGCACUCUGCUCAUCAAGCAGGUGUCUGUGUAUGACCGGGGCCACUACAAGUGCAUCGCCAGUAACCCUGCUGGAGCCGACACUGCCACUGUCAGACUGCAGGUGGUGGCAGCACCCCCUGGCAUCCUGGAGGCCAAACGACAGCAGGUCCAGGCCGGUGUGGGUCAGAGCCUGUGGUUACCCUGUACAGCUCAGGGCAGCCCCCAGCCCACCGUACACUGGGUCCUCUACGAUGGAAUGGCGGUGCUGCCCCUGAAGCCCUCUGUGGACCCCAGGUUGUCUGUGUUCGCUAACGGAACGCUCCACCUGACCGAUACGGCCGCCACGGACAGUGGGAAGUACGAGUGCAUCGCCACCAGCUCAACAGGGUCGGAGCGCAGGGUGGUGAAGCUGACGGUGGAGAAUAGGGCCCCUGAGAUCACCGAGGCAUCACACCGCAGGACGGUGCUUUCGUAUGGGGACCAGCUGAGGCUGAACUGUUCGGCCACCGGGGACCCCAAACCCAGGAUCAUCUGGAGACUACCCUCCAAAGCUGUGGUGGACCAGUGGCACAGGUAAUGAGGACAUGAUCUGUAAUACACACGUAAUCACACAGACUAUUUAGAGACAUACAGGCACAACCACACACAUGCAGAUAAACAUGCACACACACUGAAAGGUAUCCAGGUUCUCCGUGCUACAACACAGCUGUCUAAACACACCAAAUGAGACAUCAUUGUAACUUCUCCCGAAAUGAUUUAGUUGUGUUUCCAGUGCAGAGAGCUAAGACUGGGGUUUAUCCAGAGAGAAGAAUCGUGCCUCUUCAGUACAAGGUUAAGUUAGUCCAGCCAUGCAUUGAGAAAAUGUACAGAAAAGUGGAUUGAAAACAGAGAGACUUGACCGGGGCAGCUUUAACAGGGUAGAAAUUUGACGAACUGCCCUGUUGGAAAGGUGGCAUCCUUUGACGGUGCCACGUUGAAAGUCACUGAGCUCUUCACACCCGUUGCCAAUGUUUUGUCUAUGGAGAUUGCAUGGCUGUAUACACCUGUCAGCAACGGGGUGUGGCUGAAAUAGCCGAAUCCAAUAAUGUGAAGGGGUGUCCACAUACUUUUGUAUAUAUAGUACUUCUCCCUAUUAGCUGAAAUCCAUUUUAGCUGCAGCAGUUUGGUCCGAACAGAUUCACAAAUCAUGAAGAUGUUGUGUCCCUCUGGGGCACAUGUUGCUACGCAACCCCCACUUAGCAGACCUACUCCCUCCGUGGCUAAAGCCAGUUUGAGAAACGUGCUAACAAACGUUUGUGCUAUGAAACUAAAUAAAUACAGCACUAUAACCCACAAAACGUAUUUGCUAGAUUCAUGAUAGUGUUGUUAGACAAAACAAAGAAAGUGAACUUCAAAAACGUAAUGUAGUUUUAUUGAAAUAGCUGAAUAAUCCACUAAUUUGAAGGGUUGUCUACAUACUUUUGUAUGUAUAGUGUAUCUCUGUUUUCAUUUGAAAGUUUAGGGUCUCUAUUUUUUAUCAUCAGAUUAGUCUAACCCCAUGUGUUUAACACCAGGCUCAAAGGAUCAGUUGGAAGGAAAACAAUGUUUUGCUUUGUCUGAGUUUGUUUAUAAACACUGGACUUUGUUUUCAAAAGAAUAGCGUGCCAGUGUCCCCGUCCUCUAAGACUGAUAUUAUCAUAUGCACUGUGUGGUGACAUUUCAAUUCAUACAGGAUAUAUUUUUUAUUUGUUUCAAUACCGAGAUUUCAACAUGCACGCAAGUGGACUUACACGUUUGGACCUAACCGGGAAAAAGGUUUCCUUUGAAUUGAUAUUCAGACGCCACCUCUAAAGAUCAUUAGCAGUAACAAAAACUCGGCAGCAUCUGAUCUAAAGCUGCAUGUUAAUGUAAUCUCUCUAUGGACAAAAGCUACAGACUAUAGUCUUCAAAUGAACCCUGUCAUCUCAUGACAAGCCGUAGCAUGCUGUUAAACCCAAUGAACGUUACCCAGUAUAAAUUACCUUAUUGAACCUCUUAAUCUUUUGUCCAUUAGCAUUAGCAGUGGUUUUUAGCUGGGGAAAACCUGAGACCAGAAUAACUGAGGGGGUGUUUGCCAGAAUAACAAGGCAAGACGACGGAUUUUAGACUGGAUAUCAACACGAACAAGUUUUAUAUUUUAUUUGAGCGAGGACCCAGUCAGAGAUUCUUAAAGAUGAACAUGAGAGUACCAGAAGAACACAAGGCAUCCUGGCGGAGGACUUUAUAUUGCUCCUAAUACUGUAGCUGAUAUUCUGCUAUGUAUCCUCUCUGCAUGCAACCACUGAAAAAAGAGCUUGUAUGUAUUUUGGAAGUCUCUUUGGAACAGAGACCUAUGUAGCACAUUGGCAAAAAAAUAAAAAUACAACACUUCCAUUGUGAAUGUAACUGUAGAAAAAUGUAUCACCUAAUGGUUUGAUUCACUGGUCAGUUCAUAAAAUCAUUAUUCCCCCCCCCCCACCCCCUCCCUACUUCAUUAGUGGAAUGUUUUUCCCCCUCUCCCUCUGUUUCUUGUCCGAUUUAAACUGGUUGCUUGGCAACCCUGACAGGUUUCUUAUUAGUGUUUUAUUAUUUUCUGCAACUGUUGUAGGUUUCGGAAGAAGCCAUUAUUGUGAGUCAUAGCCAAUGGCCUUGAUAAAAGACAGAUCCAGGUGAAAUAGACUUACGCUGAUCUGCUGUAAGCCCGACUGACCCUGUAAGAAUGGCACACUCAACGUGUGUUUUAUGGAGAUGGAUGGAAAUACCAAGCAGGAGCACAUAUAAGCCCCACAGGAGGAAAAGUCAUUUCGACGUUGGUCACGUGAUGACAUGACUGCUGCUGUUUAAAACAGAACAUUUUCCCCAGUCGUCUCAACCCUAAGUGGCCUACUAUACUCUGCAUGUUUUUACAUGGAACAUGUUAUUGUAAAAUCAAUCAUAGGAAAUAAUAUAAUAUAAAGCAACAUUCUUUCUAUGUUUCGACAAUUCUGUAUUUGUUGUUAUAUUCAAAUGAUGACACAUACCCAACUCUUCUUCACACCUCUUCAUCCAGGAUGGGAAACAGGAUCCAGGUCCUGGACAAUGGCACCCUGAUCAUCGACUCUGUAAGUGACAAGGACGCUGGGGACUACCUGUGUGUGGCGCGCAGCAAGGUGGGAGACGACCUCCAGCUCAUGAAGGUCACUGUGUCCAUGAAGCCGGCCAAGAUCGAGCCUAAGACAUACAGCAAGAAGCAGGUCCCCUACGGCAACGACCUGAAGGUGGACUGCAAAGCGUCUGGGGCCCCGGAGCCAGAGAUCUCCUGGGGCCUGCCGGACGGCACCGUGGUCAACAGCGCCCUGCAGGCAGACAGCACCAGUAGAGGGGGACGCGCACGACGAUACAUCCUGUUUGAUAAUGGCACGCUUUAUCUCAACCAGGUGUGAAAUCUACCUGAACACUAGUUAGUUAAUGCAUUGGAUUGCUCCUGUGUAGGAAUAGUGGGCUUUAUUCAAUGGCCAACUCAAUGUUGCUAAAUCUCUUCCUUUUCUGUCUUUGUACUCCUCUGACACUGAACUGCUGGUACUGUGUCUGUCUACAGGUGGGCAUGGCGGAGGAGGGUGACUACACGUGCUACGCCGAGAACCAGCUGGGCAAGGAUGAGAUGCACGUACACAUCACCGUGGUGACGGCAGCGCCACGGAUACGGAUGCCCAGCCGGACCUACGCCCAGGUGAAGCCUGGAGGCAACAUCCGCUUAGACUGCGAGGCCGUGGGCGAGCCCAAGCCCAAGAUCCUGUGGAUGCUCCCCACCAACGACAUGAUCGCAGCCUCCAAUGAGCGCUACCUGAUGCAUGUCAACGGGUCUCUAGAUAUCCGGGACGUUAAGCUUAGGGAUGCUGGUGAGUACGUUUGCAUGGCUCGCAACACCGCCGGGGAUGAUAGCAAGGUUUACAAGCUGGAUAUUGACGGCAACCCUCCGGUUAUCAACGGCUACCACCAGAACAGGACCGUGGUGAAAGACACGGCCGCCAAGUACUCCAGGAAGUUCAUAGACUGCAAGGCCGCUGGAGACCCGCCUCCGAAGAUCACAUGGAUCAUGCCGGAUAACAUCUUCCUGAAUGCUCCGUAUUUCGGCAGCAGAAUCAACGUCCACCACAACGGAACACUGGAGUUCCGGAACGUCCGUCCGACGGACAUGGCGGAGUUCAUCUGCAUGGCGAGGAAUGACGGAGGGGAGGCGGUGAUGGUGGUGCAGCUGGAGGUCACUGACAUGCUCCGACGGCCCAUCUUCAAGAACCCCUUCAACGAGAGGGUGGUGACCCGCAUUGGCAAGACCACGGUGUUGAACUGUUCUGCAGACGGUCACCCCACACCAGAGAUCAUCUGGCUGCUGCCUAAUGGGACCCGCUUCACUGGCAGCCCCGACCGGGGCUCGCGCCAACACCUAGGCAACGACGGAACCUUCGUCAUCUACAACCCCAGCAAGGAUGAUGCUGGGAAGUACCACUGUGCAGCUAAGAACUCGAUGGGCUACAUUGAGAAGCUGAUAGUUCUGGAGGUAGGCCAGAAGCCCUUAAUCCUCACCAGGCCCAGAGGGAUCAUACGCAGUGUGUCUGGGGACCCUCUGUUCCUCCACUGCCUGGCUGACGGUAGCCCCAGACCCAGUAUCUACUGGACCAUCCCUGGAGGCCACACCCUGGCCAGGCCGCAGGUCCACGGACGCCACCAGCUGAUGGAGAACGGGACCCUGGUUGUCAGGGACACCACCCUCCACGACCGGGGAAACUACGUGUGUCGGGCGCGGAACGAUGCUGGCGAGGCGGUUCUCACAGUGCCAGUCAUCAUCAUCGCCUAUCCUCCCCGCAUCACCACGGGACCCCCUCCCACCGUGAGGGCGGUGGCGGGGGCGCUCAUCCAACUCAACUGUGCCGCCAUCGGGAUCCCAAAGCCGGAGAUGACCUGGGAGCUGCCUGACCGCUCUGUGCUCUCCACGGCUGGGAAAGGGCGGCCCACGGGCAGCGAGCUGCUCCACCCUCAGGGCACGCUGAUCAUCCAGAGACCCACCACAGCAGACUCUGGCACCUACAAGUGCCUGGCCAAAAAUCACCUGGGUACGGACUCACGGGUCACAUAUGUGCAUGUGCUGUGA